AUGAUCACCUUUAUUUUCUAUUCAUAUUCCUUUUUCCUCUCUAUUAUCUAUAUUUAUUGUCUCUUUAUUUCUCUGUGCCUCUUCUCUCUCUCUCUCUCUCUCUCUCUAUCUUUCUAUCUAUCUAUCUAUCUAUCUAUCUAUCUUUCUGAUUAUCUCUAUUUCUCCUUAUUUCAUUCAUUCUUUUUCUAUCUACUAUUCUUUUCUACUUCUAUUCAAAAAGCCAUGUGUUCCUCCCUUGACGACGCCCAAUGUGUAUUCCUUUCUCUCUUCCAAUACAUUUGGUUACUCUCCUUGUCUUUCUCUCUCAUUCUGUCAACUUUUUCUCUCUGCCCUUUCCUCUGUCCUUCUCCUCCUCCUCUUCUUCUUGUAAACCAUUUUUUUUUCUUUCUUUAUCAUGCCCAAUGUCUACUUCUUUCUCUCUUCCAAUGUAGUUAUUUUCUCUUCUUUUCUCUCCAUCUGAUUCUGUCUCAGUUUCUUUCUUUCUUUCUUUCUUUCUUUCUUUCUCUCUUUCUUUCUCUCUUUCUUUCUCUCUUUCUUUCUUUCUUUCUUUCUUUCUCUCUUUCUUUCUUUCUUUCUUUUCCUUUCAUUCUUCGCUUUAUCUUUUUUUUUCGACCACAAUCAUUUUCUUUCUUUAUUUCUUUCCUUGUUUCGUACUUUGUUUUUGGCGUUGAUUUUUGUUUUGUUUUUUUUUUUUUCAUUCUGUAUUUUUUUUUUCAUCUCUUUCUCUUUCUACCCUCUUUUAUGUUUUUCUCUUUUCCGAUUUUUACUUCUUUCUCUAUUUUCACCGUUUCUUCCUUUUCUCUUUUUCUCCUCUCUAUUAUCAUUCUUUUCUCUCUCUCUCUCUCUCUCUCUCUCUCUCUCUCUCUUCUCUCUUGUCAUUCUUUUCUCAUUGCUUUCUUUUCUUUCCUUUUUCUUUUCUCUUCCUCUCCCUCUUCUCUCUCCCUCUCUUUCUCCAAAUACGUUCAUUGUCUUUUGAUUUUCCUUCCACAACGUUCCUCUCUCUCUCUCUCUCUAUCUCUCUCUCUCACUCUCUCUUUCUUUUUCAUUGCCUUUUUAAUUUACCCUGUUAACAUAUUUAUACUCCUUUUUUUAAAAAAUACAAACUAUCUUCCUUUCCGCGAAUCCAAAUACUUGAGAAGCAUUUUUGCUCUUUUCUAUGAAUUUUUUAAAAAUUCUUUCUUCUUCGUUUCACCUUUCUUUCUUUCUUUCUUUCUUUCUUUCUCUAUCACAAGUCCUCUUUCAUUAUUACGACUAUAA